AGCACCCUCGUGCAGCAUGCACGUCCCUGCAGGGCGUUUUCUCUUCAACAGCGCAUGGCUCUAGGGUCCCGAUGGGCUCGGCGACCGGCUAUCAGUGCCUCCAUGGUCGCCACUUUUUGAGAAGUUCUCUUUCGCCGGGUCGUACUGUCUGAAUCGCCAAUCAAGACCCUUCAUGCAAACAAUACCAUACGAAUGAGAAGAGAUAAACCGUCCUGCCGUGCAUGGGUUAAUUAACCCUUCCAGCCGUCUUGAUGUCCAUCCCUGUCGUAGAGGGGUUUGUUCCCUUCUCCUGGCCUGCUGCAGGCAAGCCGUGCCAAACAUACUACAAGCUGUACGGUGAUCUUAAAUCCGGGCCAACUCCGCUCAUCUUCAUCCACGGUGGAUACGGUUAUACGCACAAGUACGGCUUACCGCACACAGACCUAGCGGCAGGUCCACGCGCCAUCCCGGUGCUGUUUUACGACCAGAUCGGCUGCGGCCAAUCCACCCACCUCCCAGAGAAAGUGGGCGAUUGGGAGUUCUGGUUGAUACAGCACUUCAUCGACGAGUUGGAGAACUUGAUUUCAUGUCUCGGGAUACAGACGUAUGAUGUGCUGGGUCACUCGUGGGGCGCGGUGCUCGGCGCCGAGCUAGCCAUCAGGCGGCCCAGAGGCCUUCGGCGGCUCGUGCUCGCGUCCGGUCUCGCGUCGAUGGAUCUGUGGUCCCUUGCUGCGAGGAACCUGCUCAAAACCAUCCCGGAUGACCUUCAGAAAGUUAUAAACGACUGUGAAAAGGCGGGGAAGAUCAAUGCGCCGGAAUAUGAGGCAGCCAUGACGGUAUUUGCCAAACAGUUUGUCUGCAGACCCGAAACGUGGCCUCCCGAAGUCUCGUCUGCCUUUGAGGAGAACGAGAAAGAUAUGACAAUGACCAAGACUUUAGGUGGUGGCAUGUCGGACUUCCAUGUCACCGGCAGCAUGAAAGAUUGGAGUGUGAUCCCGGACAUCCACAAGAUCAAUGUUCCUGUGCUCAUGACGAACGGACGAUACGACGGGGCGCAGGACUAUGUCGUUGGGAAGAAAGAGAAAGCUAUAUGAGAUUGGUAGGCGAUUUCUUGACCAACUGAAUGUGAUUCUCGAUGGGUGGUAGUGUUGGCGAGGAAUGCAGUAAUGCUCACGGAAG